AUGUUUUUUCGUUUUUCAGGCCGUAGAAUGCCUUCUCCAGCAGACAUCUGCUUCAGACGCAGAAAGAGAGAUCAUUGGAGUUCAAGUUGCGGGAGGCUCAGCGAUGGUCCUGAAUUCGGGAAUUACAGAAACACAACCAGACUUGGCUCAGGCAGUACAUCUGGAGAGCAAUCCCGCAGACCAGACGAGCGACAGUCAACUAUUUGAACAUGAUGAUGCAGUCGGAUGUUUCGAAGAUAUCAUUAAGGUAGAAGACUUGUUUUUGCCUUCUUUUGAGGUAGAGUCUGGUUCACUGGUCCCUGGUACAGUUCUGCCAGGUGUUAAGGGGAGACUUGAAGCUCAUGUUCUGUUUUGGGAGAAGAUUGGUGCAUCACCUUUUAUCAUCAACUGUAUUAGAGAAGGUUACAAAAUUCCGUUUUAUGUUUCUCCGCCUUCAGCAGAAUUUAGUAAUAAUUGUUCUGGUUUAGAACAUUCCGAGUUCGUUCACUCAGCUAUUAUUGAGUUGCUUUCCUCAGGAAGAGUUUGUCAAGUCCCGAAGAGUUGCCUCAACGUUAUCAAUCCUCGCUCGAAUUAUGACCAGGCAUUGUCAGAUGUCUGUGGCUGCUGCCCAAGAUUGGGAUAGUGUAUUUUUGCUUGAUAGAUACUGUGUAGUUGAACUUGAGUUUUGGAAGAACAAUCUUCGUUCCGUUAACACUAGAAGCAUGUCUGAUUCAGUCACUCCAUUUGUUUCUAUUUAUUCAGAUGCAAGUGAUGUUGUUUGCGCUGGCCAUAUUGACGGGAAAGAUAUUUGUGCUCAUAGGAUGUUUACUGAGGCUGAACGUCAGGAGAGCUCCACUUACCGUGAAUUAUUAGCCGUACAGUUCGUCCUUAGUUCAUUCAGUUCUUUUCUGCCUAAUUCAAGAGUCAAGUGGUUUACCGAUAACCAGGGGGCCGCAAGAAUUGCGCAAGUUGGUAGUAUGCACUUUAAUCUUCACAAGUUAGUUUUUAAUAUUUUUUCGCUAUGCUUUAAAUUGGGAAUUGCUUUGGACAUUCAGUGGGUGCCCUGAUCUCUCAAUGAUAAGGCGGAUUACCUCAGCAAGAUAAUUGAUUAUGACGAUUGGGAACUUGCCCCUGAGUUUUUUCAGCAGCUAGACGGUCUUGGGGACCAUAUACUGUGGAUUGUUUUGCCUCUCACUACAACAAAAAAGUUCCAAAAUAUUUUUCAAGAU